GGGCCAUGGGGCUCGAGACUCAGACGCGACGCGUACCGGCAAAGACCGGUUCAACCGGGUCCCGGAUGAAGGACGUCCAGAGAAAGCUGGAUUUGAGCCUAGAGGACCUGGUGGAGGAGUCCAAGACCGGCACCGGCAAAGGGACUCGCAAGCGCCGGCGACGCGAGCCGCCCGAGCAGCCCAGUGACGCGCAAGGCGCGCCGCCCGCGGCGCAGGCGGACGCGGCUGCGCAAGAGGGGCCGCGGGCGCAAGACGGGUCCGGGUCCAGCGACAGCGAGGCGGAGCCUGAGAAGGCCCCUCGGAGAGAGCAAGCGCCGGCACCCAGGCGGGUGGAGCACGCGACGGGCGCGCGAAGGACCGGUAGGCCGCCGGCCUCUCUGUUGCCCGGGCCUCCCCAGGGCCCUGUCUACCCCAUGCCCGCCUGGCCGCCGCCGGUCUACCCGGCGUUCCGGCCGCCCAUGUACGCGGCCAGGCCGCCGGUGUUCAGGCCAUACCCGCGGCCAGCCUUUCCAGGGCCGCACGCGCACGCGCACGCGCACGCGCACGCGCACGUGCACCCGCACGCGCACGCGCACCCGCACGCGCCUGUGGCGCCUGUAGCGCCCGUGGCGCCAGCGCCUGUGGCGCUGGUACCUGCGCAUGCGCCCGCGCGGCCAGGGCCGAGGGCUGGGCCGCCGCCAUUGCUUCCCCCCCCAGGGCAGCUGACGCCUGCGUGGCUCUCAGUUCGUGCCGUGGCGUUUCUUGGCAACGUUUGGGGCUGAAAGGCCCGGUUGCCGUGGGUGUCUCUUAGG